GUUGAUUUAGGAUGCAAUCGUAGCCGUGUAAUUGUAUAAUGAUGGAUUUGGAUUUACUGUCAUUCUCUUUGUCGAUUAUUUGCUACUGAAUAUGUGCAAGAGCGUGGUGAAUGAUGGUAAUUACCGUUUUGUCCUUUUUUUGGCAGUGGAGACGGUUGGGAAGAAGAAGGUGGAGGAUGUGAUGCCUAUUGCAACUGGACAUGAGAAGGAGGAGCUUGAAGCUGAACUUGAGGGGAGGAGGCUGCUUGACAUUGACUUCCCUGAAGGUCCUUUUGGAACUAAGGAAGCUCCUGCAAUUGUAAAGUCCUACUAUGACAAGCGAAUUGUGGGAUGUCCUGGUGGUGAAGGCGAGGAUGAACACGAUGUUGUGUGGUUCUGGCUGGAGAAAGGAAAAUCUUUUGAGUGCCCGGUCUGCACUCAGUACUUCGAGCUGGAAGUUGUAGGUCCUGGUGGGCCUCCCGAUGGUCACGGUGAUGAAGACGAUGAGCACCACCACCACUGAUUCCAGCUUCUUAGUUGCCACCGGCGAGUUUAACAUUCUGUUUUCACUUUGUUUUCAUAUAUUAUACUACAAUUUUUGUUUGUUGGAAUUUUAAAAAAGAAAAAAACUCCACCGUAGUGAAACACACAGUUAAAAGUCUUUUUGAUCGUUUUAGAACAACACUUAUAAUGGUUGAGAAAAUGUUAAACUCUUCUUACAUGAAGUCAGUUUAACACAAUU